CGGGGCACGGCACUGAGAAGCAUGGAGGUCCCAGGUGAACGGCAGCCCAGCCCAACGAGCUGUUCUUCGUCCUCUCCGGGCGGCCCCGGCGUGUCUGUAUCCAAGGAGCUGCUGACGGCGGGGAGCGGGGGCCUCGGAGGAAUAUGGGACAGGUUGCUCAUCAACUCCAAGCCUAACUCCAGAAAGAACUCACGUCUUCAGACUGUUCGGAUAGAACGGAGUCCCUUGUUGGACCAGGUUCAGUCCUUCCUCCCCCAGAUGGCCUUGGCGAAUGAGAAGCUAAGAAAAGAAAUGGCAGCUGCCCCCCCUGGUCGGUUUGAUAUUGAAAAUGUUGAUGAGCCUCUUGGAAAAAUUAUACAAAUGGACGUGGCCUUAUUUGAGAUGGAGCAGCCUGCCGCCAAGGAGGAGGAGAGUUGGGCAGGGAGCGCGCAGGAUGGCGUGGAGAGCAGCUCGGACUCUGAGGACGGGGACGUCGGCGUCCCUGGCGAGGUCACCCUCGAGACCUUGAAACUCCCCAAUGCAGCAGGUGGCAAAGGCAAGAUAGAAGUUUUGGACGGCCCCGCAAGUAAGAAGAAGAAGGAGUGACACGGGGAGUGAAGUGAAGGCAAGGCGCCGCGUGCCCGGAGUCUGCGCGGUCCCCUGUGGGCGCAUGAGCCGCAGAGGCGGACCUCGGAGCUGGUGCGGGUUUGGGACCGGACCAUGGCGAUAAAUCAAGUCAGGCCGUUGUUGAUGGUUUGCUUCCCGGUGUCUUUAAAAGCCAGGUUUAUGCCGUACUGCAUGCAGUCUGUUCAUCGGGCAAUAGCGUGGUGGGAAAGGGUGAAAUCCGUGAGAUGGUGUUAGCUCAUGAUUAGAAAAGCGGCGCCAGGGGCUUUGACCUUCAACUUGUGAAAAACCGUGUCCUCCACAAGCAAUAAAACGAGGUGCACUUGCACGCAGGGGCGAGCCUGGCCUUUGAUCUCCUGCUCCAGAGUUUGAGGUCAGACACCGCUGAGCUUCGUGCCUGGUGAUGCUUAAAUUUGCUGGCAUCUGCAUAAAUAAACGUGGACUUCUGAAA